AACACAUCAACGCCUGUUCCCUGCCCCUAGACUUGUCCCACUUCCUUUUCUCCUCUUUCUGUGUACCGUAUUUGGACUCUUGAGCCCAGUCCGCUGUAGCCUCCAGCAUUGUUUCAGUAAUGAUCCGUGGCUGUUUGCUUUGCUGACCCCCAGCCGCACUGCCUAACCCGCAGCAGCCGCGGACCUGCGAGUGGGAACCUCAGGGGAAUGGAGUUUCACUAUUGCUCGUCCUUCGAGCUCCGUGAAUGUCGCGAUCCCAUAGUAGCUGCUUCAUUGCUCGCAAGAACCUCUUUUUAAGCCAGCCCCUCCUCGACGACACGCGUGCUUGCUCGUGCUUGAGCGUAGUUGAUUGUACUCGGGCAUAGUAGCUUUCCCCUUUUUCGAACAACCUGUAGGUUUUCUUAACUAAAGAACAGCGCCUGACCCAGCAACGUCACCAUCCGACUUCCCGAAUUACGUCUGCGCUUUUCAACCGCCGUCCUAAAACCCCUCCAACGCCCGUGCCAAACAACUAUUUGCAGCAGCAGCAGCAGCAGCGACAGCCCUCACUUAGCGCCAUGGGCUCGAUGGGCCUACCCCCCACCUCCUCCUACUCCCGCUCGGGCUCCAACUCCCGGCGGCAAAUGGACCGCAGCAUUUCGCCGCUGCCCAACCGGACACGCGUCGACAUGGAGCCGCUCGUCUCCACGCUCAGUGACGACGCCGUCGACGUCGACAAGAAGCGUGAGGCCGUCGCCACCAUCCGCUCGUCCCUGAAGAACAACCCUGAGAACAAGGCGCGCCUGCUCGCCGCCGGCGGGAUCGACGCGCUCAUUGCGCUGCUCCCGUCGAGCGACCCGGCCACCGUGGAACACGCCGUCACGUCGCUGCUUAACAUGUCUUUAACGGAAGGCGUCGAGCCGCUGAUAACGUCCGCCGGGGGGAUAGAGGCCAUCGUGCCGGUUCUCGGCAGCGGGUCGCCCGCGGCGCGGGAAAACGCAGCCGCGGCGCUGUUCUCGCUGUCGGGCCCGAUGGAGAACAAGUGCAAGGUGCGCGACGCGGGCGCGAUCCCGUUCUUAAUCUCCCUGCUGCAAACCGGCAGCCUGCGCGGGAAAAAGGACGCGUCGCUCGCGCUUUUCAACCUCUCCCUGGAGUCCUCGUGCGUACGCGAUAUAAUCUCCGCGGGGACCGUCAAAGUCCUCGUGCAGCUCUUAACGGACGCGGAGCCGGGCAUGGAGGACAAAGUCAUGGCAGUGAUCGCGAAUCUGUGCAAAUCGGCGGAGGGGCGGCAGUCGGUGCACACGGAGGGCGGGAUCGCGGCCAUGGUGGACGUGAUCGACGGCGGGUCGUCUCGCGCGAAGGAGGAUGCGGCGGUGGCGCUGCACCUGCUGGCGACGAACAGCGAGGCGUCGUUUCAGCUGCUGCUGGAGGAGGGCGCCAUGCCCGCGCUCGUCAAGCUGGCGCAGUCGGGGUCCGGGCGGGGAAAGGCCAAGGCGAAGGCUCUGCUGGACCUGCUGCGCGGCUAUGCAUCGGCCAACUCGCAGAGCUUCCGCCACUCGGGUUCCUUCUCUGGGUCGUAUUCGCAGACGUUUGACAUGCGCCCGCCCAUGCAGGCGGGGGAGAUCAGGGACCGCGGGCUCACUGGGGAGCUCAGGUGAGGUGUGGUGUGGUGCCUGCUGCUGGAUUGCCGCGAGGGAAGGAGAAGGGCGGAGUGCGGGCGGAGAGCAGGCAGGGCAUUGUAGGUUAGUGGAACGCAGAAAUUUCCGGGCGCUUGAACGAGUGAAGGCAGAGUGAACGAGUUGGGUUAGGAGCAGCUGGUGGGAGGUGAGUUUGGCGUUCACCCUAAUUGCAUAUUCAUGAGGGUCUGAGAGGUGUUUGGGACGGAGUUUGUAUGGGGAUUUUUUGGGGGGAUGAGAGGGAGAGCCAAAAUAAAGAGUGGGAGCGAGUGGGGCUUGGGAGGAAGGGGAAGGGGAGCGGGAAGGGGAAGGAGGUCCAGAGCCUAGUAGGAGGGGUUGGAGUCGAGGAAGCGGAAGAAGGGUUGAGUGCUGCUGAGACAAGGCAGUGUUUGGGCAGUUGAUGACAACGCAUUGGUCAAGAUCGUGCAAGGGGACAGGAGGAAGCAGAAAGGAGCUGGAGUGUAGUUGGUGCGGGAAGAAGACUGCUAUUGGAUGCCCUAAGGGUGUUGGAGGGGGGGGGGGGAGGGGGAGAGGGCGGUUUCCCUGGCACUGAGGCAAUCAGAUGACACGGGGGCAAUUGCUUUGGACUACAGGGCAGCAAUGUUCAUGGAUUGCUGUACUCAUAACCUGCCUGUUAGGCAAGCUUGGGUGGGGAAAGGGAGGUUUAUCUGUUGGGGAAUGCAGCUUCUUUCUGUAGCUUGAUUAGACUGGAAAACUUGUCCAACUAUGCUUGCCAAAGUCUGACAUAGAAGGGAUACUGUAGAGUGACCCGCUUCUGAAUCUGCACUUUUCUAAUUUUACUGUCUUAAGUAUUCAAUCU